GAUGUGUUGAUUCGCUGGCGGUCUCUGGUUUGGAAAAUUGAACCCGGAAUCCUUGGUUGGUAGAUCGAUUGUAAAAUCGCCGCGGAGUGGAAAAUGGCAUCCGAAAGGAGUGAGGUGGACCAAAGGUUAAUCGCGCGCUUCAACCAAGAGUUGGAUGCGGAUCUGAAAAAUAUGCAUAAAUGUGCAGACAUGGUCAAGUUUUAUCGGUCCAAGUUGGAAGAUCUGCGUGAUCGGAUCACCUUAACCAAGGACGAUUGCAUUCCGAGCGUGAAGAGUAUGGUGGAGACCAGCCAAACGAACAUACAGGAGCUGGAAUCGAAGGAAGCCACCGUGGAUGAAUACGAGGAGAAGAUUGUCCAGCGGAUCGAAACACACCGAGAACUGAUGAACGAUAUCGGUGGGAGGUUGGAACGGAUUCGAGAACUCCAGACGGUACGCGAUUAUCUGACGCUCGUCCAGGACAUCCAACACAUUAGCCAGGAGCUGGAGGUGUCGGUCAACGGGAAGGAUGAUACAAAACCGGUUGCACUUUACGUUGCCCUGGCCGGUCCGAACAGUAUUCUCGAUCGCCUCCGAGGUAUUGAGGCGCCGCAACUUAAAAUGUACGCUCGGAACACCGCCUUUCACUGGCACGAGGUGUUGCGGGCCAAGUAUUCGGCCGAGUUCGAAGCUCUACUGAAAAAGGUCCGCUGGCCCAACCUCAACCAAACACUGGAACAAUUCAAUCCAUCGAAGGAACACAUCAGCAAGCUGGUGCAGCUGUCGGAGCAUCUGUUUCUGUUGAAGCUACCGCCCGGCGAUCAGGAGCUGCUGAACGUGAAGCUAACACCUUGGAUCAUCAGCCCACCAUACUCGGCACCGGUGGAGCUGUUUGUGAAACCGUUCCGGUUACGCUUUCAGUUUCACUUCACCGGCACCAAGCUAACGAACCGGAUGGACCGCCCAGAAUGGUACCUGACACAGGUGCUAACGUGGGCAAAGGAGAACCACAUUUUCGUCGGUCAGCACUUUCAAUCGCCGGCACUCAGGGCGGGCAUAGCGGACAGCAGCGUGAGGCUUGAAUUCGUGAGGGGCCUUGUGCAGUUGGCCGUGGAGAAAUUGAUUGCCGAUAUUGAGCACAUUGUGCGAGACGAAGCCCUCUUUGCUCAUCUCAUUGACGAGGUGCUAGCAUUCGAAACGGAGCUACGGAACCUGCUCGGCUAUCCGAGCAGUUUACCCAGCGUAAUGUCGGUCCUUCUGCAACCGGUAUACUUCCUCAAGUGGAUGGCUAUUGAAGAGAAGUUUACCACGGACAAGAUGGACGCAAUGCUGAAUACGGACACGGAGGAUCCGUUCGAGCUGCUAGAUCCAGCCAACUUGGACGAGCUCAAGAUUCCCAAAUGUGCCGAUCAGUUUGCGCGCCUGCUAGAUGCAAUAAAGGAGCGCUACUGCGGUCUACCGCAGCCCGGUCAGCAGCUUCAGUUUCUCGAUCUGCAACUCAAACUGAUCGAUAACUUCCGGCGCCGGCUAGUGCAGCUUUACAAUGAUAGCGCGAUGGAAGUGAACCCAACGAAAAUCAUUAACGCCAUCAACUAUCUCACGUCGGUGCUGCGCGAGUGGGGCGAAAACGUACACUAUCUGCAUCUGCAUGCCGCCCUGCAUGGUACGGACGGGCAAAACAUAAACUCCGUGUUCGAUCGCACCAUCGAAGAGCUCGAUCACUGGCAGCGUACGCUGGUGCAACGGAUAGUGACGUGGAUUGUGUACGAAAUCACGGCCCGCUCGCGACCAUAUCGGCACGAUCUGUGGCCCUCGAUGGCGAUGCACGAUGUCAAGGAAUCGCUCACGUUGUCGCCGACGGCGAGCGAAAUGUUUCAGACGAUCAUUAAGCUCCUGCACGACCUGUACCACGAACUGUCGGCCAAUGUGUUCACCAUUGUGCUCCGCAUGGUUGCUGGCCAGCUGGACGAGUGGCUGCUGACGAGCAUGAUUAUGAAUACCAAGUUCUCGCCCGGUGGUAUCCAGCAGUUUCACUAUGACAUGACGCGCAAUCUGUUCCCGCUGUUCGGCCAGUACGCUAUCGAACCGAAACUGCUGUUCAAACGGAUCCAUGACGUUUGCAUUCUAUUUACGCUUCCACUCGGCACGGCCGUGCUGCUGCGCGAGACGCUACGCGGUGAAACAACGGACAGUGAGGAAAUAACGCGGGCCCUCCGAGAAGUAGGCAUGACCAUCUUCAAUCGCAGCUCCGCGCUCGAAGUGCUCGAUCGAAGGAAUGAUAUGCCAUCGAUUGUUUAAUGCGUUGCGAUUGUUGAAACGCGAACCAAAAACAGAUUCCAGAUCGUUCUUAUACGUUAACACGGGGAAAAGUGAAAUAUUUUGUUAAAUAAUAUUUAUUUGUUUUACACUCUAUGCA